AUGAAAUAGAUACUUUCAUAAAGUUUAACCUAAGAAGUUCUUCCAACUUUAUUUAGAGAAUAAUCUGAACGUCCAACUCCUACAUAAAAGCAGUAAGUCUAGAAAGAAAAAUAAGGAAAAGAUCUCUAUGCCUUAAUAGUUGAUUAAGAAAUGAUUAAAUAGAUAGAAAUAAUAGAAAUAUUUAAAGAAGAAGAUCAUGAAUCAAUCUAUAAAAAACAUAUAGUCAAUUAUGUUAUUUAAAUAAAAACAGAUUAUUUUGAUUACACAAUUCCUAAAAGAUAUUCAGAAUUUGAGAAAUUGCAUGAAUAAGUAUGUUAUAGAGUAAAAGUAAGUUACAUACAUGUCUUAAAAGUAUGCCAAAAUUUCCUUAGAAAACAAUGAUUUAAACAAAUUCAAGAAAAAUAAUAGCUUAAAGAUAGGAAAUGUUGUAAAGUAAAAAUGACAUUAAUUUUAAGAGUUUUUGCAGUAUGUAUUAAAAAAUUUAGAUCAUUCUUUGUAUAUCUUUUUAGAAUUCUUAAAUAUAAAAGGUAUUUAAUGGUUUUAUAAAUAAAAAAGAAUAAUUUUAAAAGGGCGGUUUCCAUUAAAAUGUAAAGCUACAUCAAUUCAGUAAAGAUGAAAAUGCAUUAUAGGAUCUGAUUGAUGCUAGUCCUAAAAAAAUAUAACCAAAAAAUGAACCAGAAUAAAUGAUAAUACAUUAUUUAAAAAAGUUGAAUGAGAAAAUAGAUGAGAGAGGUAAAAUAUUUUAGUAUUAAUUAAAUGAUUAAUUAAAAUUAGAAAGAUGGAAAAAUAUUGUUUUAGUAAAAUCUAAUAAGUAUCAUCAACUAUGUUAAAAGUUUUAUUCAUAGGAGAUGAUGAAAGAGAAUUAUAAGGAAUUAUGUAAACAUUAUUAAUUCAAAAUAAUGAUAUUUAAAGUCAUAUUAGUUGUAUCAAUGGUUUUUAAUUUUUUCGAAAAGUUCUAGAAUAUGAUUACAAUCCAAGUAAAUAAUUAUCAUUAAGUAGAUGCUGAAUAAGCAUUAAGAUAGUUUGGAGAAAUUACAAUUAAACAAUUUAGGAAAAUGAAGAUUCAAUCUCAUAUUUGUGGAUAAUAAAAAUUAUGUAAAUAAGACGCUCUAAUUUUAUUACAUAAAUAUAUAAAUUAAAAUUAAUUAAAAGAUUAAAUGAUUAAAUAUUUGAUUGAUGAUGAUGAAUGUUUGUAAGAAUAUGAAAGUUUUGUUUAAACUCACAUCAACAAAAUGAUAGAUGAUAUUAAACUAAAUAAAGAUAGUAAUGAAAAUCUAUAAGAACUUUUACCAACUAAAUCUAAUUCAACAGAACAUGCAAUAUUAGAAUAAGAAGCUUCUAUUGAAUAAUUAUAAGAAAUUAGUUAAAUGAAUUUAAAUUGGAAGUUUGUUUAAGGUAUUUAAUCAUUUAAAUUAAUAUAGAUUUUGAAAAUCAUUAAAUGUAUCAUCUUUCUGGUUAAUUUGUAAAAACAUUUCAUCCACUCAAUUGUUCUAUGGAUAAAACUAUCAAUUUAUUCACAGAUUUAAAAAUCUAAUGGUUUCAUGGAAUGAUCUAAAAAGAUGUUUUAGAAUAAUAUGAUUAAUUUAGAAGUUUUAUAGUAGAAUAUUAUGUAUGGGAAGACAAAUAGACAUUUAAAAAAAUGGCUUUUGUUAGUGAAUAGGAAAUUAUUAAAAUUGAUGAUUUUCUUUAUAAAAUUACUAUUAUUCCAAGUUAAAAACCAUUGCCUAUCAAUUAUAAAAUCAAAUGUGAUUAAUAAGGUAUAAAAAAAAUAGUUAUUGUAGGGUAAAAAAUGAGUUUAAUGUUUUUAAAAAAGAUUACAGAAAACUCUACAGAAACCAUUAUCUAUUAAAAUAUUAUGGAUAACACAUUUAGAACUGCUCUAACACCUGUUAUUUUAAAAGAAAUUCCAUGGUUUAAUCAUGCAAUAACUAAAUUAAAAGCUUUAUUAUGA